AUGCAGCUAGAUAACUGCGGUUAUGGCGCUGGACAUGUGCUAGGAUCCAUGGGAUCAUACCAUGGCUUAUACCUCGCUGCACGAGAUGAUGAAGUGAUGGGUAUCCAUCAGAUGCCAACACACAAUUAG